GGUGAUCGUAGCCAUGACGACAUACGAAGAAGUGAGUCAGAGAAUGAAGACAAUGACAAUAGAGGAAGUGUAAUGAGACAGACCGGAGAAAAUAAAGGAUACAAAGAAAGAAGAUACAUUGACGAGGAAAUUGAUAGUGACAGUCAAGAUAGAUAUGACCAACGAUUAACUGACAGAAGCAGCAUAAGUAGUGACCGGCAGAAAUAUGCUAGACACCAAGAUAGUGAAAACAGCUUGUCAGAUAUAUCAAGUGAUCAUCUGCCCAAACUAGAACAAGCUUCUGGGAAUGACAAAAUCGGCCAUAAACAUCGCAACGAGCCGCGGACAUAUAUAAUACAUUCACACUCAUCGAAGCAGUCAAGUCCAGAACAUGAGGGUCAAAUGGACAAGGUUGAUAAGCAAGAAGUAGAUGAUAUCAGUAAUGACGAGAGAGCAAAGAGUAAAGAAAAAAAGACGAAGAGAAGACAUAAGGAUAAAAGCACAGAGAGUCCAUCCUCACAGGUUAUGAAAAAAGAGAAGAUGAAAUUAACAGAAAAAGAUAGCAGCAAGGAAAAUAAACGACAUUCUCGGCCAAAGCAUACUCAUUCAAAGCAAAAAGAUAGGUCUAGAAGUAAGAGCAGUAGUUCAAGUAGUAGUAGCAGUAGUUCCUCAUCAAGUGGUGAUGAAAGUGCAAGGAUAUAUUCAAAGCAAAGCCAGCCUAAAUCUUCUGCUGUAGAAAACACUGACCCGAAGAUUGUGAAAGAUAGAAAAAACGUGGAUGAAUCCGCAAUUGAAAAAGACAGGAAGAAGCACAAAAGGAAGAAAGACAAACAUCGCAAAGAAAGGACGGACAGACAUCAUAAUACGUUGCCAGUUGCUACCAGUAACGUAAGUGGAGAUAACGAGCAUGUGGUAGUUGAAGAUCCAAACAUUGCCGAAAAAUCUGGGGAUCCACAAACACAUGAUAGAAGUGUCAAGCAAGAAGGGAAUAUUGUAUUGGAGCACAGAGUAGGUCAAGACACACACAAAGAGAAUGACCCUUUUAGCCAUGAUGAGGAUAAGGUAAAGAAGAAGAAGAAAAAGAAAAAGAAAACAAGAGAGCAUACAAUUAGGUCUAGAAGCCCUUCCCUCCACAGUAACAGUGAUCAACAGAGAGUCACCCCAGAAGAAGUCGACGAGGAUGAAACUCCUAGACACAAACACAAGAAAUCAAAGAAGAAAAGGAAGGAAACCCAGAAUAACAUCUUCUAAGCAAGACUUACAUAACAGGUUCUAUAUUAUGCAAAGUACAUUUAUACUUAUAUACAGGUCUAUGUAAUCAUUUGACAUCCAGCUUUAAAAAUGAAAACAUAUCCAAAGAUCAUAUAUAAUGGUUAUAUCUACUUGAGUACAGUACAGGAUGAAAUGCACAAAUAGUGUUGACGAGUAGGAGACUGUGCAUUUCAUUUGAAACAAUAUAAUGACUAUUGUAUGCGGAUCUACGUUAACAU